AUGGGCGGAAAGAAAUGGGCAGAUGGACGGGCCUUACCAUCCUCGCAACCCUCGGCUCCGUGGCGUUCUUCGACCAAUGCCAAGUGGAAUUGGUGGCCUGGCACGUGGUCACCGCGAAGGCAGCCACAGGAAGUGCGCUACGACCAGAUGGAAGUAAGCCAUGCCCCAGACUACCGGAACGAGGGCCCCGAGGAUGCUGCCCCCACCUUCCACCAGGCAUUACAGAAGUCCCUCACGACGGCUCGCAAGCUGGAUGGAAAGCUUCGGAAAAUAGCGAGCGAAAAGGAGCGCAGGCACAAGCAGUGGCAAAAAUACGAGGACCAAGCCAAGAAGACGUUCCUCAAGAAUCGCAAGAACUACGAGGCGGACAUCGCGAAGCUGGACAAAGAAGCGCAGGAGACUGUGGAGGCUGGCCAGAUUGCAGCAGCCCAGGUGAAGGCGUUGGCCAUCAAGGGCAUUGCUCCAGCUCCCACAGCCGAGCCUAUGGAAGUGGAGGCAGCAUGGGAGACACUUUGGCGAAAUGCCGAGGCUCCUCCAUCAGGUGCGUCCUUUCUGCAAGAGGCUCUAGAUGCAAGUGCAAAUCUUGGUAUUCCCAGGAAUGCCCAAAGCCCUGGCCCACCAGGCUUGAAUAUCCAGCCACCGCCGCAGCAAACACAAUUUGGUCAGAUGCCUCCCAACGAUGUCUCCAGCUUGGGACCUACCGAAGAGGAACUCCGCAUACUACGCAAAUAUUGGGAUUCGCCACUUGCCAAUCCAGUGGAGGUUCAGCCAAGAAUGAGACCCGGGGCGAUGUCAGCGCCCCCCCAAUCUGCUAUUGCGGCAACGGCGCUUGGUGGACCACCUGCCGAACAUCCUGCAGGACCUCAUGUCCCUCUUGGCUAUACUGGAGCGUCGCCAGACCAACGAGUGCACAGGUCUGCGCCUUACCCUCCGGCCUCGCCUUUGCCCUCAAUGCCUACUCGAUCGGAGGAGAAUGCUGCCACGGAGAUGCCUAUGCAUGCUGGACCACCUCCUGUCCCGCACGCGCCCAAAUCUGUCCGUGCACCUAUCAAGGAGGCUACCAAACACCUUCCGGCGAAGCCACAGAAUGCUGGAGUACCUUUACAGGAGAAGCUGGAGCAAAAGCGGGAUCAGCUCAAAGGUACCGCUACCCAGCCCUUUCGGCUGCCACCAGAGCACAGUGCCAGCAUAUCAGACACGGGAGAUCCUCCUCAACAACGGGCCAACCUCAUAGACGACGACAAGGAGGCUGUGACUUCCUUUGUGACACCGCAGCCUGCACCCCAUUUUAUGCUGUACAGUUGUACAGGAGUCACCUUGGUCUCUGGUGACUUUAUGCCUUCCAUCGCCACUCUGCCAGCGGUCUAUGACGAAUCCCAUUUUGAGGCUUAUGGCGAGUUCCUGGACCCGCCUGUGCUUAGAAUUUGUGUCCUCAUACCAGGGCGCCAGAACAUCAUACUCAGGCUCUUGUCCGCAGAAGGGGGUGCGCCCUCUGUGCUUGCACAGGCUAAGCAACAAGUUGCGUCCCUCCGAUCAGUUGUCGUUUUCGAUCUUUCCGCGAUUGGAGGGCCCCUCUUUGCAGACAUCGUCUGGUACGAGCCUCCAAUCCCAGAAUGCACCUCCUGGGACAAGUGGCUCAUAGCCCGCGAAGAUGGAGCCAGCCUGCUUAAGAGUAAAAAGGUCAAAGGUAUUGUCGCUGUUGCGGCUCGCGACACAGGUCCAGUUGAGGUCGGCUUCACCUUCGUCGCGAAGACACUGGAGCUGACGGUUCCACAGGCAUUUAUGCAGCAAUCUCGAGUGGCCCGCUCGACCCUGCUCACCAGCCACUUGAGCACACUGAUGCUGCUGCCCCUGCUGAAGGCAUUUGGUUUCUCCUUUUUGCACCUGAUAGGCGACUUGACACAGGUGCUUGAAUACGGGGCCUCAAUCCCACCUGCCUUAGAUCUCGGCGACUUGAUGUUUGUCGGUGAUCACUGGGUGGCGGAUCCCCCUCUGGCUUUCUCCUCCUCGUUCUCGCACUACUGGGUCCUGCACGAAGGAGGUGCGCGAGGCAUCGACGCAGACUUUCAUGCCAUUAACAGUGCAUACGGCUUCCAGGAGUUUGCUGCUGAUGCCUUACAGUUUGCGCAGCAUCGACACUGCAUCCACAUAGAAGGCGGGAGCCGCACUGUCCGCAAAGGAGUCAUGUUCCUGCAAGCCGACGACAGAUCAGUGCUUGUUAUCUCCUAUGUUGAGCAAACGGAUACCGGGCUUGUCGCGGACCCGACAACUCACAGUGCGGACUCCGACUCUAGCACAGACUCUACUUCCGGCCAUGAUGAAGGCGAUCCUGACGACGUAAUGCGGGAGGCCCAUUCAGCAAUACGUAGCCGUUCUCCUCGACACAAUCGGACCAGGCGUCGGAAUAGAGGACAUAGAGGCGGUGCUGGCCCGGCGGCCCCCAUCUCAGCAGUUGCCAUCAACAAGCUGGGCGUGCUUACUACGCCUCCGAAGCAAAUUGCUACAGCAGUCAAUUGGAUUGAACUCCACAGUCUCUUCUGUGGUGAUCUGCAUUCUUCCUUUGCCCCUCCUGGAAGAGUAAGCAAGGAGCUGUAUCCCCCUGCUGCUGAGGGAACAGCCUGCAAAAUCCUUGUAGAGCCGAAUGGUGGUUCAGCCAGUAGGGAAGUUAUCAUAGCACAUCUUCGUUAUGUUGCGCCGCGUCUUGGUUUCCCUUGGCGCCACAUGUCUCCCAUCAAUGCCCUGCGCAUUGAUGACGGCAGCGAUUCGGAUUCCGAUGAGGAUGUCCUUCCCUCUCCGCCAGUUCGAGUCUGCUUCCGUAUAAUUGUACCGGGCUUUGAUGCUGAAAGGGUUGAGGUCAGUUUAGUCUUCCCAACCACCCUGGCAGAGGUAAUCCCUCUCGUACAGGAUGCCCGUUGCCGGACCCGCGUGCAGAGCUUCCCAAGGCUCAUACCGGCGAGCCCGCAGCCACUCAUAGGUGAUGGUGUUUUCAUUGCUUGCCCGGCAUGGUCUGUCGAGGUGGCCACAUCGCGCAGGCAGGUUUGCAUAGACUGCUCUGCAUUGGAUGGGAGAAUAUAUUCUGCCCUUGUUCCGCCAUACUUCUAUGGUGCGAACAUACCGGGACUCGUCAACUUACCCAGUAAUCUUGAAUACUCGGUCUUUGCGGGUCCGUACGGUGACCUCCUACAGUGGGACAGCCAAUGCCAUCUAGUUGAUGGAGACACAAUUUUUGUGUGCCCUGAGGAUUCGGCGUCCCCGACAGUAGUACCUCUGCAUGUAGCGCUGCUUGACCGACAGCAUUGGAUUCGCCAGCCUAGGGUUCCUGAGCCGCGGUCACAUGGAAUUUGCUGUGUGGUCUUUGGCGCCGACAAUAUCUUGCACAUUAAUACGAGAGGUCAGCGCGCUAAUUUCAGGGCUCAAUUAGCUGCUUCCGUUGGCGUGCCACAGCGCUCCAUGCGAAUCACCUCGUCCUCCCCUCGCGUGCUCAACGCAGCAAUUGAUGGAUUCUCCUGUCGUUCUGUCAUUGUCGUGAGUGAAGGGGCGCCCUUGGGCGACCCGACCAUGCAUUGGGUCCUGCUGGAUGCGCGAGCCCUGUUUCUUGGUUGGCGAGGCCUACCCGCACCACAUGGCCAAAUUUCCUGCCGCAGUGUCAUUGAUGGUCUACUGCGUGAGAUCGGCUCUGGAUGGCGCUUAUGGUUGAGGGACGUCCCUUUCAGUAUGGAUCUUCUUGACACGCGAGAAGGGCAGGGGGUGACUCGCCCGCUGAUCGCCACCCUGGCGACGAAGGGCACAACCACCAGCCUGACAAUGGUGAUCCGGACUCCACAGACUCUGCACUUAAUGCUGCAGCUGCAGCCAGGCCUCCUGCUGCUGCAGUUCGAGUACCCAUCCUUUGUGCGGUGCACCCACAGCCCAGUGGCAGUUAUGUAUAUUUCCGAGACCUCCCAUGGCCUUUGCCUGCGGAUAGCCCUGUCAGCCCCGGCAAUGGAGACCUGGUCCUUAUACGUCCGCGAGCUGCCCGCCCUUCUGCUCUCCAAGUACCGCGUCAGAGACAGCAUCGAGCCCGAUAUGACAUUGCUGCGCAUACCGGCAUACCUCACCGCGAUCUUGCCCUGUAAAUGCAAGUACAUCGAAGAGCAGCUGCACUCUCGAGCUGUGAAUGUCGCAUGCCUCCAGGAAACUAAGCUUGAUAGUGGUACGAUCACAUCACAGUAUUAUGUGCGCUUGCACUCACGAGCCGACUCUCACUGGGGUGUUGCCGUUUGGGUCCAUAAGCAACUUGGGGUGCUUUGCUUGGACGGUGAGCCUCUGCACGUCGAUGAGCAUGAUGUCGCUGUUCUCCACGAGUGCCCAAGACUGAUUGUGCUACUGAUCACCAAAGGUCAGCUCAAGAUUGGCCUUAUCAGUGGCCACUGUCCACAUUCCAAUCGGCCUGGGGAGAGGGAUGAAUUUCUCGCUGCUAUUGCACCGCUUUUGCAACGACUGAAACAUGUCCAUUUUGUUUUAGGUGGUGUUGACCUUAAUGGUCGCAUCCCUCCCAACUAUCAGGGCGUAAGUGGCUCGCUGGAGUUUGGUGAGGCUGAUGCAACCGGAUGGAGUUUUGCCAGUAUCCUUGCCGAUAGUGGUUUAUGGGUCCCCUCGCUCUUUUCGCAGCUUCACUGUGGUGAUUCUGCCACGUACACCCACCCCAGUGGGAAGCAGCAUCGCAUUGACUACAACCUGCUGGGAGGCCAAGCUGUCUUGGAAAAAGUUAGGUCUGAGGUUGACUGCACCUUCGACAACGGUAGCCCGCAGGAUGAUCACAUGCUCUUAGAUAAGCUCAUGACCAGUGAGGGAAGGGAAUGCCUCCGCCAGAAGCUCCCUUCCUUCCGACAUCCGGGCUGGGAUGUUUCCCCUGACCAGCACUGUCGCGAGAUUGAGCAGCAUAUCAGUCGGAUCCUUGAUACCCAUUUCUCUGUGCCAAGGUCCCAGAAAAAGGCCUCUUACAUACCUGAGCGGGUAUGGCGCCUUAGAGAGCGCAAGCUCGCCUUCAAACAGCGUGUCCGUUAUCGCUCUAAACUAUGGCAUGACCUGGUGUGCCGGGCUUUCCACCAGUGGAAGGAGUGCCAAGACUACGGUGUGGUGUUUUUGCUUGAAAAGCAAAGCAGACUGUACGAACUGGCAGCAGUCGCAGUCCAGUUGGUCACGAGAGUCAUCAAGCGAGAAAUUUCCCUUGCCAAGAGCGAAUUUUUGCAUAAAAUAGCCUGUGAAGGACAUCAAGGAGCUGCCAAAAUACUUCAGCGUGUCAAGCAAGCUGGUGUUGGUGGUACCAAGGCACGGCCCAUCUCUCGCCCAUUGCCUAUGCUGUUGCACCCAUCCACCGGCUCUGCUGUCACUACAAGGCAACAACGAGACGAGGUUUGGAUGCUGCACUUUGGCAAGCAGGAACAAGGCCAGGCCAUCCCGAUCAGCACUUUUCUCCAGGAAGCCACUUAUAGUUGCUACCAGCCAGACAUGAAGUGGACUGCUGACAUGCUUCCCACUUAUGCCGAUGUCGAACGAGUACUGCGAGCGAUUCCACGAAACAAGGCAGCUGGUCUGGAUAACAUCCCUGGAGAGGUGUUGAAGGCUGUCCCGGCUGAGACAGCGCGCCUCCUUCUCCCUCUCUUUCUGAAGUCCAUGGUGCUGCAGCACCAACCGAUACAGUGGAGAGGGGGUGUGCUCUUCGAGGCCUUCAAACGAUCGGGACUGCAGAGUUCUGUUGAUAACUAUCGCAGCCUGUUUGUCUCCAGUUACCUUGCUAAAGCCUAUCAUAGAGUAGUGCGAGACAAAACGCAGGCCUUUUGCCGAGAUGAAAUGCACUCACUGCAUCUCGGAUCAAAGAAACGUGCCCCAGUGACAUUCGCGUCAAUGUAUGUGCUUGCGCACCUGCGCCGCGGAUGUGCACUUCGUCGGAGUGUUUCUGUGCUGUAUUUAGACACAUCGGCUGCAUACUACCGAAUUGUUCGAGAACUCGCAGUUGGGGACAUUCGUGACGACCAUACAGUGAUUCGUCUCUUCAAAUGCUUCGGCCUUUCCGGCGAUGACCUCCAUGAUUUACUGGAAACGGUUGAGUCUGGAGGUAUGCUAGCGCAAGCGGGUGCACCGGAUGCGUUGCGUCAGGUCGUGAAAGAUAUUCAUCUCCACACCUGGUUUGUCUCGCGAUUCUCAGACGGUACCCAGGUCUGCAGCAGUCUGGCUGGCAGUCGACCUGGUGAGAGCUGGGCAGACCUGAUAUACGCAUAUAUCUCUGGCCGUGUGCUUUCCAAAAUCCACGAGUUUGCAGUAGCCGAAGACCUUACCUUCACGGUCACUCAUGACCCAACAGCUGGAGUGUUCCCGCCCCAAGAUGGCCACGACCUCCUGGCUGCCACUGAUGCAACAUGGGCGGAUGAUUCUGCAUUCCCGCUUAUCGCAGAUGACCCUGAAAGCCUGAUGCGGCAGACCUGCAGACUGUGCACUUUGGUUAUCAGUUUCUGUGAGGGCCAUGGUAUGGCACCUAACUUGAAGCCUGGCAAAACCAGUGUCAUGAUUAGCCUUCAAGGCAAGAAGUUCGUCACCGACUUGCGCAGGCCUCUACCUGGAACGCCAUAG